AAUUAAUUAACGGGUUAUGUGUGGACACCAUGUAAUGAAUUGGCAGCCAAUCACGUGCGUCGAUGUGUGAGUGGCUGAGCACGUGACUGACUCGCGCGGGCGUUGGUGUCCACCUCACAGGUCCAUCAGCACCACCACCACCACCGUCGCGAUCACCACACACCUGAUCCGAGACCACAUAUACUAUGUUUAAAUGCAUACCACUGUUCCGGGGCUGCAAUCGUCAGGUGGAUUACAUCGACAAACGCCACUGCAGUCUACCCAACAUACCCGACGAUGUCCUGCGGUAUACCCGGACUCUCGAGGAGCUCUUCCUCGACGCCAACCACAUCCGAGAGCUGCCAAAGGGUUUAUUCCGGUUGACGCGACUCGUGAAGUUGAGUCUUCCCGACAACGAGAUAUGCCGUUUGCCGGCGGAGAUCGGCAACCUGUCGGCGCUCCUGGAGCUGGACGUGUCCAAGAAUGACAUACCGGAGCUGCCGGAGAACAUCAAGUUCUUGAAAUGCCUUAAGUCGGCCGACUUUAGCUCAAAUCCGUUGCAAAUAUUACCGCAGGGUUUCACGCAAUUACGAUGUCUGACACAACUGGCCCUAAACGACAUAUCGCUGCAGCAGUUGCCCAACGACUUCGGUUCGCUGAACGCCUUGGAAACGCUGGAACUGCGCGAGAAUCUGCUGAAAACCCUACCGCCGAGCGUCUCGUUUCUCGUUAAGUUGGAACGGCUGGACUUGGGCUCCAACGACAUCGAGGAGCUGCCGGACGUGAUCGGACAGUUGCCGCAGCUCCAGGAGCUGUGGCUCGACUGCAACGAGCUGUCGACUCUGCCCAAAGCGAUCGGUCGCCUGCGACGGCUCGCCUGUCUGGACGUCUCGGAGAACCGGUUGGAGUACUUGCCGGAGGAGAUCGCCGGUCUGGAGAGUCUCACGGAUUUGCAUUUAUCGCAAAACUGUUUGGAGACACUGCCGGACGGCAUCGGCCAACUGUCCCGUCUACUGAUCCUGAAGGUGGACCAGAAUCGGCUUCUGUCGCUGAACCCGACGAUCGGCGGCUGUUCGGCACUCCAGGAGCUGAUCCUCACGGAGAACAUGCUGUCGGAGUUGCCGCCGACGAUCGGCAACUUAGUCCAUAUGACGAACUUUAACGUCGACCGCAAUCAGCUGGAGGAGCUGCCCCAACAGGUGGGCAAUCUCACCAAACUGGGCGUACUGUCCCUCCGCGACAAUCGUAUCACUCACCUGCCGGUCGAGAUGGGUCAGCUCCGGGAGCUGCGGGUGCUGGACGUGGCCGGCAAUCGGCUGCAACACCUGCCCUACACGAUAACGGCGCUCAACCUGAAGGCGAUCUGGUUGGCCGAGAAUCAGUCGCAGCCCAUACUCCAGUUCCAGACGGACUACGACGAGGACAGCCGCAUGAAAGUGUUGACCUGUUUUCUGUUACCGCAACAGGAGUACAAUCACGACAGUAUAGAGAACUACACGGACAACACCCUCGAGAGGGCCAACAGUAUAAACUGGGAUCAGCCGAGACAUACGGCCGUCAAGUUUGCCGAAGGCUCGGAUGAGGACGAGGAGGACCGCAGCCAACCGAUCGUCAACACAGCGAUCGCCGAUCAGUUGAAUUUUGUGCGACACGACACACCCCACCCCCGGGAGCUCAAGGCCCGACACCAGCGGCUGUUCACCCAAAAGGACAGCAAAGACCAGUCAUCGCAAGAGGAGAGCAAUAGCGCGACGAAAGAGGCGACGAAUCAGCAAAACAUUGUUCACAACAAUAAUAAUAACUAUAAUUCCGUCCAAACGUCUCGCCAGCGGCACAGCACCGCCUCCACGGAGUCGGCCGACUCGUACGGCUCGUCCGUCAUCGUGAAGAGCGACUCGGAGUUGGCCGCGAAUCAGGCGAUCGAUGAGGACAUGGAUAUCAGUCGCCGCACGAACGGCGAGUCCCGUGUGGACGGUCUUAAGGGCGGCCGACACGUGACGGACUCGGAGUCGGGCGACUGUAGCGACGAUCACGGCGUGAACACCGGCUCAGCCGACCGACACGUGGGCUUCUCGGGCUUCGAGGAGGACGGCGAAGAGGCCGUCGAGGGGGUGGAAGACGAGGACGAGGAGCGCCAGGAGUGGCACAACAAACUCCACCGCAGAGACACUCCCCAUCACCUGAAGAACAAACGGAUCCACGCGUCGCGCGACGAGCAGCAGAGGGUGGCCUCCAUUCUUGCCGAAGCCAUGAAACAGAGGGAACACAAUCCGCUGCGACAGCAGACGUCGCGCGGCGCCGACAGCGUGACGAGCGGUGGCGCCGGCGAUGGGGACAACCAGUCGCUGCGGUCGUCUGUGUCGAACGCGGCGCCGUCCGUCUCGCAGACGUCGACGAACAGCGCGGCCGCGACUGAGUUCGUGCGGAUGCAAGUGCGGGUCCGGCGGACGGGCGGUGGACUCGGGCUGAGCAUCGCCGGAGGGCUGGGCUCCUCGCCCUAUAAGGGCGACGACGAGGGGAUAUUCGUAUCGCGAAUCACCGAAGAGGGACCCGCGGAGGGGGCCGGCCUCCGGGUGGGCGACAAGAUAUUGUCGGUGAACGCCGUCGACUUCACCGAAAUAGAUCACUACAAGGCUGUCGAUGCCCUGAAGACGGCCGGCAUGGACUUCGUGGUGGUGCUCGUGAGGGAAGUGGCCGUCGGUCAGCCAAACUCGACGCCAGUGGUCGCCGAACGCCGUUCGUCGCCCAAGAAGUCGCCCCAAUCGGCCGCCCAUCACAACGGCGACAUCGGUUCGCUGCCGCCGACGCCCGGCGUUCACCGGCAGACCUCCAUCGGCGCCGCCUCUCAGCCGCAAACGCCGGACUACGACCUGAACCGACAGAUCAUUUACACGACACUCAUCCGCGGGUCCCUCUUC